AUGUCUGAUACUUUAGAAAAACAUUUUUUGUCUGUAAACAGCAACAUGAAAAUCCGUACUACCCUACCUCGAGGCUGUUGUAGUCAAGAAAGUGAGCAAUUUGAGGUGCGUUUCAUUCCUGUCAAUUUUAAUCCUCGCUUUAACUCAACCAAUUUGAGUUUCCAGUUAGCCUGUCUUUCUACUCCCAACCUCUUAGCGAUCGCCACAUUCAACUUGUCAUGGAGGCUGUCAGGAUCAGGGGAGAUCAGCGCUCAUAACAAUGGGACUUCAAAAGGUGCUAUUUAUUCAACGCAUUUACAGAAACAACCGAGUGAAAUGUGCUAUGAGGAUCUACAGAAGCCGAGAAUUCCCAGUGAGGCUUCAUUCUUAAAGAAGAAAAUAAAUAAUCGUAAUACAUUUCAUUUUAGCGGAAUCCCACCUCAUGCUGUCGUGAAUAUCAACAGAAACAAUGCUCAUCCGGGCAUCAUUUUUGGAGGAUUAUCAAGCCAAAAGAUCUCACGAUCACUUAAUAUGAUGCGAUUAUUAAACCGGUGCAAAAACUUGACUUGUAGCGAAAACUGUAAUAAUUUAUUUAAAAAAAUUUCUUAUUCACUACCAAACGUCUUUCCAAACCAGGUGUGUGUCACCUUGACCUGCCAACAACCACAAUAUUGCAAAUGCGAUACCUGUCGUCAAACUUGUUCCACCCCAAAAAAGCCUUCAGGUGGAUCAUCAAAUACCUGUCCCCAACAACAAUGCCCACCACUAAAGAAGCUCCCACUUCUUUGCUAUCACACGACGAUCAUUACCCAAAUAUCUCCUUUGAAUUCUUACUUCUUAUUCGUUAAGACACCAAAACAUGACUGGCAUCCUUUUUUCGUCUGUAAGGAAAAAGAAAGUACACGAGCAAUCAAAAGUUUUUGUUUGUUUUUCAUUCACGAAUUUAGCAGAAUCCCAGUGCAUGCAUGUGUGAAAACUAUUUGCUCCAUUCACAUUGCUAAUUCUACAUGCGAUCUACUGAGAAAUCAACCUGCCGAGGAUCUCAUGACUGCCAGCAGGAGCAGAGCUCAUCAAAGUAAAACUAUAAAUGUCAGUGAAUGGAUUGGCUGUCAGGUUUCAUAUCCACAUGAUGAAGAAACUUCGUGUAAAAACGUUGGAAUAUUUGAAAGGGUAUUCGACCACCGAAAUUUAAUAACUGCCCCGCGUCUUCAAUGGAAUUGUCCCAUUCCAAAACCAGUUAAUUUAUCCGGAUGGCCUUUCAAUCCAAGACCAAGGUGUGGAUAG